GCAAACAUGGCGGUGACUGGCACGGGCCGGUGAGGCGGUACCGGGCGGGGGCUGUAGGGUGUCAUGGGCAGUGGCGGCGGCACCGCCCCCGCGUCUCCCUGAGUGGGACCACACUGGGGCCUCUGUGCCGAACCGGGCGAUGGACGAGAGCGGCGAGCUGGGCGGUCUGGAGACCAUGGAGACGCUCACGGAGCUGGGCGACGAGCUGACCCUGGGGGACAUCGAUGAGAUGUUGCAGUUUGUCAGCAACCAAGUGGGAGAGUUUCCUGAUUUGUUUUCAGAGCAGCUGUGUAGCUCCUUUCCUGGUGGUGGUGGUAGUAGCAGCAGCAGCGGCGGCAGUGGUGGUGGCGGCAGCAGCGGUAACAGCAACAGCAGCAGCAAUGGCCGGGGCAACAGUAGUGGAGCUGUGGAUCCCUCAAUACAGCGGUCAUUCAACCAGGUUCCAUUAUCUUCCUUCUCUCCUUCGGCUGCCUCCCCCCAGGCUCCAGCCCUGCAGGUCAAGGUCCCUCCUGCUGCAGUUCCCACUCCACCAAGGACAACUCCUGUUCUCCAACCCCGUCCCCAGCCCCAGCCUCAACCUCCAGCUCAACUGCAACAGCAGACAGUAAUGAUCACCCCGACAUUCAGCACUGCCCCACAAACAAGGAUCAUCCAGCAGCCAUUGAUAUACCAGAAUGCAGCCACCAGCUUUCAAGUUCUUCAGCCUCAAGUCCAAAGCCUGGUGACAUCCUCCCAAGUACAGCCGGUCACCAUCCAGCAGCAGGUACAGACGGUACAGGCCCAGCGGGUGCUGACACAAACAGCUAACGGCACAUUGCAGACCCUUGCCCCAGCCACAGUGCAGACAGUUGCUGCACCCCAGGUGCAGCAGGUCCCGGUCCUGGUCCAGCCUCAGAUCAUUAAGACAGAUUCUCUUGUUUUGACCACACUGAAGACAGAUGGCAGCCCUGUCAUGGCUGCAGUCCAGAACCCAGCCCUCACUGCCCUCACUACCCCCAUCCAGACGGCUGCCCUUCAAGUACCAACCUUGGUGGGCAGCAAUGGGACCAUUCUGACCACAAUGCCUGUGAUGAUGGGGCAAGAGAAAGUGCCCAUUAAACAGGUACCGGGUGGAGUCAAACAACUAGAGCCCCCCAAAGAAGGAGAAAGGCGGACAACACACAAUAUCAUUGAGAAGCGGUAUCGCUCCUCUAUCAAUGACAAAAUCAUCGAGCUGAAGGACCUGGUAAUGGGAACAGAUGCCAAGAUGCACAAGUCUGGUGUUCUGAGGAAGGCCAUUGAUUACAUCAAAUACUUGCAGCAGGUCAAUCAUAAACUGCGCCAGGAGAACAUGGUGCUGAAGCUGGCAAAUCAGAAAAACAAGUUCCUGAAGGGCAUCGACCUAGGCAGUCUGGUGGACAACGACAUGGACCUGAAGAUCGAUGACUUUAAUCAAAAUGUUCUUCUUAUGUCGCCUCCGGCCUCCGACUCAGGGUCCCAGGCUGGCUUUUCCCCCUACUCUAUUGACUCUGAACCAGGAAGUCCCCUAUUGGAUGAUGCAAAGGUCAAAGAUGAACCAGACUCUCCUCCUGUAGCACUGGGCAUGGUGGACCGCUCUCGAAUUCUUCUGUGUCUCCUCACCUUCCUGGGCCUGUCCUUUAACCCCCUGACUUCCCUGCUGCAAUGGGGAGGAGCCCACAACGCUGACCAGCAUCCAUACUCAGGCUCUGGACGCAGUGUGCUAUCAUUUGAGUCAGGUUCUGGUGGCUGGUUUGACUGGAUGAUGCCAACUCUCCUCCUAUGGCUUGUAAAUGGUGUGAUUGUCCUGAGUGUCUUUGUGAAGCUACUAGUCCAUGGGGAGCCAGUGAUCCGGCCACACUCACGCUCCUCAGUUACCUUCUGGAGGCACCGGAAGCAGGCAGACCUAGACCUUGCCAGGGGAGAUUUUGCAGCUGCUGCUGCCAACCUAAAAAUAUGUCUAUCAGUUUUGGGCCGGGCACUACCCACCUCCCGCCUAGACCUGGCCUGUAGCCUCUCCUGGAACGUGAUUCGCUAUAGCCUGCAGAAGCUGCGCCUGGUGCGCUGGCUGCUCAAGAAAGUCUUCCAGCGCUGGCGGGCCACCCCAGCUACUGCAGCUGGCUUUGAGGAUGAAGCCAAGAGCAGCGCACGUGAUGCAGCCCUGGCCUAUCAUAGACUGCACCAGCUUCACAUCACAGGGAAGCUUCCUGCAGGAUCUGCCUGUUCAGAUGUACACAUGGCUUUGUGUGCUGUGAACCUGGCUGAGUGUGCCGAGGAGAAAAUCCCACCAAGCACACUGGUUGAGAUCCAUCUGACAGCUGCCAUGGGGCUCAAAACCUGGUGUGGAGGCAAGCUGGGUUUCUUGGCUAGCUACUUCCUCAGUCGUGCCCAGAGCCUGUGUGGCCCGGAGCCCAGCACUGUCCCUGACUCCCUGCGCUGGCUCUGCCACCCCUUAGGUCAGAAGUUUUUCAUGGAGCGAAGCUGGUCAGUGAAGUCAGCAGCCAAGGAGAGUCUAUACUGUGCCCAGAGGAACCCAGCCGAUCCCAUUGCCCAGGUCCACCAGGCCUUCUGCAAGAACCUGCUGGAGCGAGCUGUGGAGUCCUUAGUGAAACCUCAGGUCAAGAAGAAGGCAGGGGACCAGGAAGAAGAAAGCUGUGAAUUCUCCAGUGCUCUAGAGUACCUGAAAUUACUUCAUUCUUUCGUGGACUCUGUGGGAUUUGUGACCCCACCAUUCUCCAGCAGUUCGGUGCUCAAGUCAACCCUCGGUCCAGACAUCAUCUGUCGGUGGUGGACAUCUGCAAUCACUAUGGCCAUCAGCUGGCUCCGGGGAGACGAUGCAGCCGUGCACUCUCAUUUCGCUGAAGUUGAGCAUAUCCCCAAGGCCUUGGAAGUGACUGAGAGCCCCCUGGUAAAGGCCAUCUUCCAUGCCUGCAGAGCCAUGCAUGCCUCACUCUCUGGGAAAGCAGAUGGGCAACAGAAUUCCUUCUGUCAUUGUGAGAGGGCCAGCGGCCACUUGUGGAGUAGCCUCAACGUCAGCGAGGCCACCUCUGACCCUGCCCUCAACCACGUGGUCCAGCUGCUUACCUGUGACCUGCUUCUGUCACUGCGGACAGCACUCUGGCAAAAGCAGGCAGGCAUCAGCCAGGCCCUGGGCGAGACCUACCAUGCAUCGGGCACUGAGCUGGCUGGCUUCCAGCGGGACCUAGGCAGCCUACGCAGGUUGGCACACAGCUUCCGCCCAGCAUAUCGCAAGGUGUUCCUGCAUGAAGCCACUGUGCGCCUGAUGGCAGGAGCUAGCCCUACCCGAACCCACCAGCUGCUGGAGCACAGCCUGAGGCGGCGAACCACUCAGAACACCAAAAACGGAGAAGUGGACGCCUGGCCUGGCCAGCGAGAGCGGGCCACCGCCAUCCUGCUGGCCUGCCGCCACCUUCCCCUCUCCUUCCUCUCCUCCCCAGGCCAGCGGGCAGUGCUGCUGGCCGAGGCUGCUCGCACCCUGGAGAAGGUGGGCGAUCGGCGCUCCUGCAAUGACUGCCAGCAGAUGAUUGUGAAGCUGGGUGGGGGCACUGCCAUCGCCGCCUCCUGACCACUGGGCUCAGCCCACCUCCCUCCACCUUUGUCUCUCAGUCUUUAUCCCAGGACCCUCCUCUGUCUCCCUUUUCCAUCUUAGUUUUUCUUCCUCCUCUCUGAGAGCUAUGGUGGUGAGGAUGAGCCUUGUCUUCUGAGCUGUCCCUGCAAAGGCUUUUGGACCACUUCUGGCCAGCGGGCCCCCUAAGCAAAGCCCCUUAAUGCUGAUGUCAGUUGGUGCCCAUGGUCCAGGCCCUAAUAGGCUGAGGAAAGGCAAGGGGAUGGGAGUGAGGGAGAUCUCCCUUGAAAGCAGGCAGUCCUCUAGAGGCGUUCUAAACAUCUCCCUUUUCUGCUUCCUAUUUUUUACCAUGCUUUCUCUCUCUGGGCAACCAAGUCUCUGGGCACCAGAGAGCACUUCGCCCUCUGGAUUUAUCCAGCAUUUCCCUCCCGUUUUUAUAUGGAUGUUUUUAUAUACAUAUGCUUGGGUUUGCCGUGAUGCAGGGCAAAGUUGCUGUGGCAUCUUUUUUUCUCUCCUGGGUCUGCAUUCCCUCCCCUGUGCCUGACUAAGCCAGUUCUUUGUUUUCUCGUCAUUACAAAGCCAGGGGAGGAGGGGGAGCACAGCCCUGGAGAGGCAGGUGCAGGCCUAGGAGUGGAUGAAAUAAUGUUGGCAUUAUUUUUUAAUUUUUUAAAAAAUAAAUGGUAUCUUAUUUAAUUGUCCUGUUCCUUCCCAUUCCCCCACCCCCUGGGAUGUCACCCCCAAGCUCAGGGUAGGUAGGGAGCUGGGCAGGAUGAAGCCACCCAUUUGGCCUGGGGACCAGGGGGGUCUUCAGCAUGGUUUUUCAGUUCCCUCCUGCUCUCACCCUAACUCCUACCUCCAAAGCAUAUUUUCAUCCCUAAUUUUUGUCCUGUAAAUAAGCCAGGGUGGCAAGGGCUAAUCCCAAGCCCUCUUUAGCCACAAGCCCCUCUUUUCAGGGUGGGCAGCAGGAACCAGGUCCCUUGCUUUGAGGGGGUUCCUAGGAGGAAAAGUGGGUCUCCUGAGAGACUGAAAGGGACCCUCCCUUAGUGUGCUUCUCACCCUUUCAAAACUGGUUGGGGCAGAGGGUCUGUGGGAGCCCAGUACAGACUAGGGAGUGCACAUAGCAGGGGUCCCUCCCUAUGCUUGGACUCUACCUAACUUCUGUCUCCUGCCCUUCCCCACUAUCACUGUAAUUUAUGAAUCCUGCCCACAAGGCAGCCCAGCCCUUGUGUCGUGUGUGUAUAUACUGUGCCUUUUUUCCUUGUUGUUCAGGGGUGGGAGGGGUGGUUUUUCACUGAAAAGAGGGAUACACCUAUGGCUUCCUUGAUGUUGAAUCGUUCACUAUGUCCUGGUCAUAGGUCAUUCAAUAAACAGAUUGGUACCACCCAGCACAAGGUGUAUGAGGGUCUGGAGCGUGACCAGUGGAGUGACUACCCAAGUGGCUGUAUGAGUUGGUUGGCAGUGGGCUGCAAAUUGAGGGCAGCUGGGUAACUUCAGUCUAAUGGGCCUUCCUUGCCCACCUGUGUGAAUGGUACACACUCCAGGGAUGGGUGAGGGCCUGUGACAAAAGGGCUGUUGGUGGUGCUGCUGAAAUCAAAGGUCACGGGACUGGAGGAGUGGCUCAGGUAGUACAGUACCUGCCUCGCAAACACAAGGCCCUGAGUUCAAACCCCAGUACUGCAUAAAAAUAAAUACAGCUUGUCUUGAAAUCAAAGGUCACUAUACCCACAUUCCAAUUUAGUCCCUGGAUGUACAGCUGGCAGGAUGGCUGACAACAGCAGUUCUUUGGGAUUUGGGGUGUUAGGUGUCUCCACUGGGUGAGCUGCCCCUUAGUUUCGUCUUCCCUGCAGUUUGUGCCCCUCAGAGGGCACUCACUGCCCUGAUAACCAGAGCCAAGCCUACCUCCUGUACUUCAGAGCUGGGGUCACUUGGUGGGAACUGACCUCUUCUGUA